AUGCUCUCCUCCACAGUUCCCAAGAGGUACAAGUUCGACCAGAGAGGAAACCUGACCGAAGUUAACAUCCUCACAUGCAAAAGCGUCGUCCUACCGAGCAAGUACGUGGACUCGAAGAAUAGCCUGACUUGCUCCACGAACAUAAUCCCGAAGUUGCAAGAAACUGCGCACGAUUGUACAACUUCCAAAAUGGCCACAUCACAGGAAAAUAUUUUAGAAGCCGAACCGAUAGGUACAAAUGCCUAUGCACACGGGGGCGUAGGCAGUGGGCCAUCCUCCUUACUCAGCAUGAACAUGGUGCACAGCGUCAGUAGCAUAGGCAGUGGUGGAAACGAGGUACCCCAGUACACACCAAAUCAGUGUUGUAAUGUAAGCAUGCUGAGGACUGGCUUAUGUGGCCAGGGACUGAACAACUCCCCAUUAGUUUUUGUAGAUGGACCUUCGUACAGUGCAGACGAUGUAGAACAAGGAAUUGAUCCGGGAGUGGUAGCUGUGUCCAAUGCUCUCUUCGCAUACAACAGCGCGUUUCAGUCUAUUCCCAUAAAGACCUCUCCGAAUGUAUUUCGACGAAGGGUAAAGGGGGAAGGGAACUCCGAAUGGUGCAAUGCCUUCGUUACGAGAGUCGACCCAUGCGAAUGUGGAGACCCCGAUGAGCAAUUCAAGCCUUAUGAAGUCACCAAGUAUUACGACGAUGGCCAAGUGAAGACCGUAUUCAACUUCGACCAGGAUUCCGCUCCUCAAGAACAACCCAUAUAA